CUAUUUGCAAUUGCCGAACUACAGUCCAUCGCUCUACCAACUGAGCUAUCGAAGGCGUAGAAGCCGCGAAGCCAGAACUCAACUUGAAGUCGAACUGCACAUUUUGGUCUUAUCAUCCAAUUCAGUUGCUAUAAAAAGCUUUAAUCUUAUCGAAAAGAGAAAAAUUUGACUUAAAAGCUCUGCUAACUUCACAUUCAUACGUCGGUCUCUUUUUUAGCGUUAAGUCAAUAAUAUAAAUUUAGCUUACGCUUAAACUUUAAAAGCGAUUUUGUGUGUAAGUGAAUGCGACAGCAACGUUGCGAAAGGCAGACAAAAUUGCUCCUCUACAACUUAAAAUCGACGGUGACGGCAGUUUGGUUCCAUUCGCCGGCUGCAGCGGUUUAUUUUUGUCGAGACCAAAAAGAAAUUCAAUACCAAGGAAACUUAGGUUGCAACUACGGCUACUUUAUUGUCAGUGUUUUGCCGAAAUCGAAGUAUCAGCCUUUGGAUAAAAAACAAGAACAAUCUAUUAAAACCAUCAUCAGUAAAACCAACACGAAUUGUACUCAAUAUGUCGUAUCACAAGCCAGAAGCCAAAACCGUGCAGGAUUUGAAAGAUGUUGCGCAUAAAUUGCGUAUUCAUUCCAUUAACGCCACGGAAGCCUCGAAGUCUGGCCAUCCAACAUCAUGCAGCUCCUUGGCAGAGAUCAUGUCUGUGCUGUUCUUCCAGCAGAUGCGUUUGAACCUGAAGCAUCCCCGUGAUCCAUCCAGCGAUCGUUUUAUCCUCUCCAAAGGACACGCUGCACCCAUUCUGUAUGCUGCUUGGGCCGAGGCUGGUCUAUUCCCCAUCGACGAGUUGAAGAAUUUGCGCAAGAUCGACAGCGAUCUCGAGGGUCAUCCCACGCCGCGCCUGAAUUUCAUUGAUGUGGGUACCGGUUCUCUGGGCCAAGGUGUUGCUGUGGGUGCUGGCAUGGCUUAUGUUGGCAAGAACUUCGAUAAGGCUGACUAUCGCACAUAUGUUGUAGUGGGUGAUGGCGAAUCCGCUGAGGGAUCUGUGUGGGAGUCGCUCCACUUUGCCGGACACUAUGGAUUGGACAACUUGUGCGUGAUCUUUGAUGUGAAUCGUCUGGGACAAUCGGAGGCUACCUCGCUGCAGCACAAAAUGGACGUGUAUCGUGAUCGUCUGGAAGCCUUUGGCUUUAAUGCACUCGUCGUCGAUGGUCAUGAUAUCGAGGAGCUGUGCAAGGCGCUCCACUGUGCCGAAAGCACAAAGAAUAAGCCCACUGCCAUCAUUGCCAAGACGUUCAAGGGCAAGGAUUUCCCCCAGAUUGAGGAUAAGGAUAGCUGGCAUGGCAAGCCUCUGGGCGAUAAGGCGUCUACUGUUAUCAAACACCUGGAGGGUCUGAUUGUCAACCCUAACGUCAAAUUGUCGCCUAAAAAGAUAUGCAAAAUUGCACUGGCUCCCGAAGUGGACAUCACCAAUGUUAAACUGUGCACUCCUCCCAAUUACAAGCUGGGCGACUCGGUGGCUACACGCUUGGCCUACGGCACGGCGCUGGCCAAGAUUGCGGCGAAUAAUGAUCGUGUUAUUGCCCUGGAUGGCGACACAAAGAAUUCAACGUUUUCGGAUAAGUUGCGUAACGCUUACCCCGAGCGUUACAUUGAAUGCUUCAUUGCUGAGCAGAAUCUGGUGGGCGUAGCCAUUGGCACCGCCUGUCGUCGUCGCACGGUAGCCUUCGUUUCCACAUUUGCUACCUUCUUUACGCGUGCAUUUGACCAGAUCCGCAUGGGUGCCAUUUCGCAGACGAAUGUGAACUUUGUGGGCUCCCAUUGUGGUUGCAGCAUUGGCGAGGACGGACCUUCGCAGAUGGGUCUCGAGGAUGUGGCCAUGUUCCGCACCAUACCCGGCAGCACAAUCUUUUAUCCCUCGGAUGCCGUGAGCACCGAACGCGCCGUCGAACUGGCGGCCAACACCAAGGGUGUCUGCUUUAUCCGCACAUCGCGUCCCAAUACCGCUGUCAUCUACAACAACGAUGAGCCAUUCACCGUGGGCAAGGGCAAGAUCGUCCGCCAGAAGCCAUCCGACGAGGUGCUCCUCAUUGGCGCUGGCAUCACUCUGUAUGAGUGUCUGACUGCUGCUGAGCAGCUGGAGAAGGAGUGCAUUACGGCGCGUGUGAUUGAUCCUUUCACUGUGAAGCCGCUGGAUGUGGACCUGAUUGUGGAGCAGGGCAAACAGUGUGGCGGACGUAUCGUUGUCGUCGAAGAUCAUUACCAGCAAGGAGGACUCGGUGAGGCUGUACUCAGCGCACUGGCUGAGCAUCGCAAUUUUGUGGUUAAGCAUCUGUAUGUGCCCACUGUUCCCCGCUCUGGACCCCCCGCUGUUCUCAUUGACAUGUUCGGCAUCUCUGCUCGAAACAUUGUCUGUGCCGUUAAUAGCAUCUUGAAGAAGUGAACAUAAAAUUGCUUUCAGCUUCUGGCCGAACACAUAAAACAUAAAAUCUGCACGUUGUCCAAUCACUUCAUUUGAUUAUUAACAAACCCUUGGUUAAUUCAGAAUAAACUCAGUUUCUAUACAGGUAUACAAA